UGUGACCCCGGACCGGAUGCAAAGGCACAACAGAGAUGGCAAGAUGGCAGAAUCAUGAUGUCUGUGCUCUUAAAGGAGCAGCCCCCACCCUGUGUGCUGGCCGUGGAGCAGAAGCCACAGUCACUUCCUGAAGGCAGCGGCCCCAGCUCGGGUCCCACUCAUCCCGUGGCCCAUCACCUGCCUGCAGCCAUGGAGAGCCAUCAGGACUUCCGGAGCAUCAAAGCAAAAUUCCAGGCCUCUCAGCCGGAGCCCAGCGACCUGCCCAAAAAACUCCCGAAGCCUGAGUUCAGUAAACUCAAGAAGUUCCCCCAGCCUGAGCUAAGCGAGCACCUCAAGAAACCCCCGCCGCCUGAGGUCACUGACCUCCCCAAGAAGCCUCCGCCGCCUGAGUUCACUGACCUCCCCAAGAAGCCUCCGCCGCCUGAGUUCACUGACCUCCCCAAGAAGCUCCGGCCGCCUGAGUUCACUGACCUCCCCAAGAAGCCUCGCGCCGGGCUGAGUACUGACCUCCCAAGGAAGCCUCCGCCGCCUGAGUUCACUGUCCCCAAGAAGCCUCCGCCGCCUGAGUUCACUGACCUCCCCAAGAAGCCGUCCAAACUGGAGUUCAGUGACGUCUCCAAGAAGUUCCCCCAGCUGGAGGCCACUCCAUUUCCAAGGAAGCCCCCGCAGCCUGAGGUCGGUGAGGCCCCUGUGAAGGCCUCGCUGCGGGAGCCCAAUACGCCUGUCCGGAAACCCCAGCAGUCCGACGAGCUCAGUCACCCCGCCAGACCCCCAUCUGAACCCAAAUCCAGUGCAUUCCCCAGGAAGCUCUGGCAGCCCGAGGCCAGUGAGGCUACCCCAAAGCCCCCGCAGCCUGAGUUCAGUACCUUUCCCAAGAAGCCCGCGCAGCCUGAGGUCAACAUGCACCCCAAAAAGCCCCCACAGCCUCAGGUCGGUAGCCUCCCUAAGACGUCCCUGCCGCAGCCUGAGUCCAGUGACGUCCCUCAGACACCGCCCUGGAAGCCUGAGGCCACUGAGUCCCUCCCCCACUCCCCGAAGCCCAACUUCAGUAGCAUUCCCAAGAAGGCGGUGCAGCCCGAGUUCAUUGUGCACCCCAGAAAGCCCCCACAGCCUCAGGCGGAUGGCCUCCCUAAGAAGUGCGUGCCGCAGCCUGAGUUCAGCGAGGCGGCUCAGACUCCUCUCUGGAAGCCUCAGUCCGGUGAGCCGAAGCACGACUCCAGCGCCUUUCCCAAAAAGGCCUCCCAGCCUCCGCUGAGUGACUUUCCCAAGAAGCCUCCGCAGCCGGAGCUUGGGGACCUCACCAGGACCUCCUCAGAGCCCGAAGUCAGCGUGCUUCCCAAGAGGCCGCGGCCCGCCGAAUUUAAAGCGCUCUCCAAGAAGCCCCCGCAGCCCGAGCUGGGCGGCCUCCCCAGGACCUCCUCAGAGCCCGAGUUCAACUCCCUCCCCAGGAAGUUGCUGCAGCCGGACCGCCGGGGGCCACCCCGCAAGUUCUCACAGCCUGAACCCAACGCUGUCCUCAAGAGACACCUGCAGCCUGAGUUCUUCGGUGAUCUCCCUCGAAAGCCUCUACUCCCCAGCUCCGCUUCUGAGAGCUCACUGCCUGCGGCCGUGGCCGGCUCCAGCUCCCGGCACCCGCUCAGCCCUGGGUUUGGAGUUGCUGGGACACCCCGCUGGAGGUCAGGAGGCCUUGUUCACAGUGGAGGGGCCAGGCCAGGCCUCAGACCCAGCCAUCCACCCCGGCGGAGGCCUCUGCCCGCUGCCAGCAGCCUGGGACCCCCUCCAGCCAAGCCUCCGCUGCCCCCGGGCCCCGUGGAUAUGCAGAGCUUUCGGAGACGCUCUGCAGCAUCCACAGAUCUACGGAGGACCCGCUCGGCCGCUGCGCUCCACUUCCAGGCCCGACAGCCUGAAGACAUCCCGCCGAUCCCAGAUGAAAUCUACGAGCUGUAUGACGACGUGGAACCCAGAGAUGACUCCAGCCCCAGCCCCAAGGGCAGAGAUGAAGCACCCUCAGUUCAGCAAGUCACCAGGAGGCCACCACAAGACUCAGCACUCAGGAAGGAGAAGGAUCCCCAGCCACAGCAGUUGCCACCCAUGGACCCAAAGUUGCAGAAGCAGCUGAGGAAAGCAGAGAAGGCCGAGAGGGAGUUCCGGAAGAAGUUCAAGUUUGAAGGGGAGAUCGUGGUUCACACGAAGAUGAUGAUUGACCCCAAUGCCAAGACGCGACGUGGGGGCGGCAAGCACCUCGGGAUCCGGCGCGGGGAGAUCCUGGAGGUGAUCGAGUUCACCAGCAAUGAGGAGAUGCUGUGCCGGGACCCCAAGGGCAAAUAUGGCUACGUGCCCAGAAUAGCGCUCCUGCCCCUGGAGACGGAGGUGUACGAUGAUGUCGACUUCUGCGAUCCCCUGGAAAACCAGCCACUUCCCCUGGGACGGUAAGGCCGGUAGGCAUGGGGCAAGGACAGCCGGCCAGCCCAGCGCCCGCUCACCCAGGAGCCCUGGAACCCGGCGCGGGAGAGUCACAGAGCUGCCCGGGCUUGUGCCUGGCCACAUAAAGUCCGUUUAAAGCA